AUGGCUACCAAUGGUCUGGAAACGGCAAAAGAAACGAAUUGCUGUAGAAGAAUUGUUGGGAUAUACGGCGGAUUACUUAUUAUGAAUGAAAGAGAUUAUGCUUCAUUAUCAACCCCAACUACGGAUAGACGUUAUGAUGCCGUUCAGCUGAAUUACCCAUCUUUACAUGAGGCAGGUCUUUAUUAUGAUACUAUAGCAUUUAAUAUCUUGGGCUCUUGUUAUGGCUUGAUUUGCUUAGGUCUUUUUAGGGAAACAGCUUCUGAAACUAAUAACUUUAAGGAGAUUCACCAUAUUUGUGUUUGGAACCCGAAAACUAGAGAAUAUAAGAAAAUUCCAAUACCACGUAACUUUAACCACACCAUAUUCAACGUAGUUAACUACCGAUUUGGUUAUGAUAGCUUGGUGGAUCAUUUCAAGUUUGUAAGAAUUAUCCACCGUAAAAAAUCUAAUCAUUCCAAACUAGAGGUCUAUACAUUAGGAUCGGGUUUAUGGAAAACUAUCGAGAAAAUCCCUUACUUGUUCCACAAAACAAAAAGAGAGCAUCCUGGUUUGCUUUUGAAUGGAGCUCUUCAUUGGUUAGGCGGUACCACCACCAAAAAUCCCUCCUCCUUCUCAUCUAAAGUUAUUGCUAGUUUUGAUAUUAUAAAUGAGAGACUCAUCGAUGUGUCUAUUCCUGAAGAAACUAUGCAGCGGUAUAAACACGUGGGAGUAUUGACGGACUGCCUUUGCUUAAUUAGCAGUUCCACAGAUAGUUUUGAUGUGUGGGUAAUGCUGGAUUAUGGAGUGAAAGAAUCGUGGACUAAGAAAUUUAUCGUUUUUAAUGCUAAUGUGUUGAACCCGCUGUGGAUUCAAAAUGGUGAGCUCCUAAUGAUAACUUACCACAAUUUUGUUUCAUACGAUCCUAAGGAUGGAAAAUUUGAAGAUGUGCUUGUUUUUGCCCCCAAGAAGGAUAAUAUAAAAAUGAGGAAUUCAGAUAAUGCGAGUUACUGCUAUUACGUGGAGAGUUUAGUUUCACUUAACUGGGGACUUAUCUGA